UCUGUGUUCCCAUUGAAUCCAUGCGCUGGACUUGCAGAAUAGAUCAAUCGAACUGAGAAUCAGUUGAUUUCUAUGAGCUGAAACCGCAAUUCAGUCCUUGCAGAGCAAUAACUCCAACUGAUGGAAAUGAAUAAUAUGUUUAUCGUUUAGGUCCAUUUUAGCAAACAUUUUAUUGCUCUGAAUAUUUCGUUAAUUUUGACAUGGAGGAAGUGGAGACAGCAGAGGAGCUGUUAGCCAAACAGCAUCGCAAGGAAAAGAAAGACCUGCAAGCAAAAAUACAAAUUAUGAAAAAUGCUGUUCCCAAAAAUGACAAGAAGAGGAGGAAACAGCUGACUGAAGACAUCGCCAAACUAGAGGCUGAACUCACUCAAACACAUGAAAAUGAGCUCAAACAACUUCAGAACUCUUCCUCAGUGGAGGAGGUUUCAAAUGCAAUGGAUUCCGUCAGUUUGGCAAAUGAUGAGGAAAAAACGGAUUCAAGCAAGCAAACUCGGACAUCUAAAGCCCAGAAGAGACGGGACAAAAAGGCUGCUCUUGAGAAGGAGCGGGAUAGCCGGAUUGCUGAGGCAGAAGUGGAGAAUCUCACAGGCUCCCGUCAUCAGGAGGGUCUGAAGCUGAGACAGAAGCUGAUGGAGAGGCACCUGCUGAUCAGAGAGAUCUCCUCUGACGGUCACUGCAUGUACCGCGCCGUGGAGGAUCAGCUGACGGAGCGAGGCACCCCUCUCAGCCUUAAAGAGCUUCGGGCUCAAACAGCUCAGUACACGAGGAGCCAUGCAGAUGACUUCCUGCCGUUCCUCACUGACCCCAAUUCAGGAGACAUGUACACUGCAGAUGAGUUUGAGAAAUACUGCAAUGAUGUUGCAGACACAGCUGCUUGGGGCGGACAGUUAGAGUUAAAAGCCCUUUCACAGGUCCUCCAGCUACCGAUAGAAGUCAUUCAGGCAGAAUCCUCCUCUAUUAUUAUUGGUGAAGAAUAUGACAAGCCACCAAUCACACUCGUUUAUAUGCGGCAUGCGUAUGGACUUGGUGAACACUACAAUUCUGUGGAGCCUCUAAAAGACUUGGCAAAUGAGGAAGAGGGCUGACCCAUCACUGACACACAUUAAUAUAUGCAUCUGUGCAUAAUUAGCCUGUAGAAGUGCACCUUCUGGAAUUUGAUUCCGUUUUGCUAGGAUCAGUGGAUUCGGUCAGGAUGCUCACAGAGGAUGAUGAAAUAAAACAUGCUGGUGACUUCAAUUGCAGUGGACAAGCGUCAUGUAACAGUCCAUGCUUGCCUGUGUUAUUUAUGAAUAAACUGCUAUGUGCUCUGUGUUAUUUUUGGAAAA